CGAGAAGGCAGCGAGCACUGCAAUCACCGACGCCACUCGCCAUACAAUGCUCAUGAGCCCCGACACAGCCAGGACUCGCUGCACUCGUCGGCCGUGAGGGGGUUUACAGGCACGACCCGGCCCUCCAAGCCUUCCGGAUCGCCAACACGCAUCGCUAUCUAUGCCAAUUGUCCCUCGCUUGCAUCUCCGGUGGUUCAGAGUAGCGGCUCCUCGUCUCCGCUUGUCGCGAGCCCCGCGGCUCACCUUUAA